UUCCUACCUAAUUUGAAUAAUAAAGUAAAAUAUAUUUGAAACAAGUGGGGGUUAAUUAAAUAUAUAAUUUGAAUGGAAGCAACCAAUUAAUUACCUUAUCAAUUUGGCUUUUUAUUGUUGUCCAGGUCAUUGAUUUGUUGUAAUUUUGUAGACGGAGUCAAGAGUCUCUUUGUUUAGAGGAAAAGACUAGUCAAGCCAACCAUGCCCACAGCUAGUUUAGCCUACCCAAUUGGUCAACCAUUGUUAUUCUUUUUAUAAAUAUGGCUGCCAAUAUAAUUAUAAUGCAAUCAAUCAAUCAAGAAAGCCAUCUCCUUGAUCUCCCCCUCUUCGUCGCCACGAUUUGAUUCCAGAAAUCCAAGAAAGAAAGCUGUCUGCCUAGAUACAUAGAGAAAUGGCUCAGAAGCAAGGAGGAGGAAGAGGAGCAGCACGAGUGCCUAAGUUUGGGGAAUGGGGAAAUCAGAAAGAACAGCAGCAGAAUCCAGUUCCUUAUACCAUGUAUUUUGACAAUGCAAGAAAAGAUAAGAGUGCUGGGGGAGGUGCAAUUAAGAUCAUCAAUCCUAAUGAUCCACAAGAGAACCCACAAUUGUUUGCACCUCAAUUACAGAAACCAACAACAGCAUAUAACCAGGAACGUCUUCCUCUACCUCCUAAUACUCCUCCUCGGCCAGUAAUUGGUUCAAACAGAAGAAAUACAAGUACGAGUGCAGGUUCUGACUAUAGCUUAGAUCGGUCGCCACUUCAUCAGGCAAAUAGAGCCACGCCCGGAAGAGAUCAACAUAAUAAUAUUAACAAUACCAAUACAUCCAGAAACAGGAGGCCUGGGAGUCGUGAUGAUCUAUCUCAUCAUCAGCAGACACAAGAACGAGGAGGUGGUGGCACUGUUAUACCCAAAUUCGGUGCUUGGAACGAACAGGACCCUACAUCUUCUGAGGAUUUAACGCAGAUUUUCGAAAGGUCCAGAAAAGAAAAGAAUUACCCGUCUUCACCAUCUCCAGCAGCUUAUAACAACAUGGGUACUCCAUCAAGGCAACAAGCCAACAAAAGAAAUAAUGAUCAUAAUCAAGACAAGAUGUGCGGCUGUUUUCCAUGGUGAUUUUCAAAACUAUACAGAAGAAGAAGAAGAAUGAGUCUAUUGUAUGAAUUAAUUGCUUAAUGAUUGUGUUUUUCUUAUUUUUUUGGCCUCCCCUUGUUCCAAACUAUAUAUUACUUCAUUUGUGAUUUGUAUCAUUAUA